CAGGUAAGACGAGAAGGGAAAAGGAGUACUAUAAAUUAACGUGUUUGAGUAGGAGUAGCUAAUUACUCUUACAGUUCACAUAUUCUUCUUUCUUUUGAUAAAUUAUUAUAUCUGUUGGGAUUGAAUCAUUGAAGUAUGGCCGAGGUACGAUCACAGGACGAUCUUUUGAUGUUGACGGAUGACAAACAGUUGCGGAAGCUUGCAAAAUUACUAAGGAACCAAGAAGAGCCGCUGAGUUUCAGCAUAAAUUCGGAGCCAGAUCGGGCAAAAUUCCUGGAAGAAUGCAACGAUGCAUAUGAUAUAGUGAUUAUACUACUACAAAACAGCACUGAUUUGCGCAACAAGCAUGAGGCGGCAAGAGCCAGCAACAGCAAGAAAGCUGACAUAGCCACAGAUAUUCAGGAUUAUGUCAAGUAUGGUAUUAAUUUGGGACUGCAGUGUAUUCAGAACUGCGGUAUGCGUGUUACUGUCGUCGAAAAACUUAAGACGCAUUUUGACGACCUGUCUACUGAACUUAACAUGGCCGACUCUAGAGAUAUGAAUGAUUUUGAAAGUUUGGCUGAGGAAGUGUCGUAUCACAAGAAUUCUAUGUGGGAGUAUACAACCAACAUGAGAAGUAAAACAUCCCGCGCUCAAUCAAAGGCUUAUUCUGAUGUACUUAAGCUGCAAGGCAUUGAGUUUCCUUCCCUUGUUGACAGGCACAAGAACAUGCUUGGAUAUAAGGAUGAAUUUGAGUUUUUGGAAGAAGACCAAAAGCUUGAGGUGUACAAUAGCAUCAUCGAGGAAUCAGGGCGUGCAAAGAUGCCAGCCAUUUACAGGAGGAGCAAGACUCGGGCAACAUCAGCAGGUGGAAUAGCAACAAUGGCUGUCACUGCGGGCAUGAUGGCUUGGGAUAUAUUCACAUCUGAACACAAGCUUGAGACCGUGCUUACCACUGGCGUAUCAUUGCUGUCAGGAGCAGUCUCUUAUGCUGUAAAUGUGGCAGUUAGUUCGGCAGUGGGAAGCGUGGUAGCAAAUACACAAUUGGGAAUUCUUUUGGUUUCAUCGGCUGGGUUUGUGGUUGGUGCUUUGGUUGGUAUUCUAUUUGCUGCAGCAACUGGUGCUAUUCUUGCAGCUAUACUAGGGACUGGCGGUAAGGUUCCCCAAAACUUGGAUAAUCUCAAAUUUUAUUCAGCUACCAUGCCUAAUGGCAUGGCCCUUGCUAACGAGAUCUCACACGGUUGAUCGAAUUUCAAAGGCACCAGUUGGAAUGGCAGAUUAAUGCAACUUAAACUCGAUGAUCUCCCGAGUAAUAAAGAAAAUAUGUAUUCAACAUACAUAUAUUAUAUAUAUGCUUUGUGGAUUGCUAAUAAUUUGAAUUAUGUUGUUUCAUGUGGUGUUAGGCGUGAGCACGCUUGUCUUGCUCUGCUGUGCAAGCAUCAGUAUUGCUUGUAUGAAUGUUGUUUGAAGAUCAAAAAUCGAUGUGUCCAAGUAUUGAACUCUGUAAUUUGAAAA